ACUUAAACACUAGGUUUCUUUGCUUGAAAAGAGACGUGAACAAGUUUGUGAACUACGUUUCCCAUGAUGCUCAAUUGUGGCUUAAUCAAUUCCGGAGUCAUCGUUCCGUUCGAUUCGCCCACUCGCAUCCUGCUUGCGCCGCCGUUAGCUUAAAGGUAGAGCUUCGUUUUGAUUCAUUAUGAAAAUUUCGUAGUAUUUUGUUAUUUUACUGAUAAGGGCGUUUGAGAAAAUGUGUUUUCCACUUUUACAUACCAGGUCGCUUUCGCGAAAACACAACUCCUUUGGCGAAGUCAGUUUUUUUCACCUCGUAGUGACUCCGUUGGUUUUGAGAAACGAGUAGUUCAUCUGUCCGCCGCUGCUCUCUGGUCGAUUUGGACAAAGCCAUUCAGAUGCUGGACGAAAAAAACAAAGGAAUACAAGUCUUUUUAACGGGGUAGUGGGAUUUAAUAUCCACGUCGAUCGUCAACGGAAAAGUGGGAGCACUAAGGUGGAGUAAAGUCUGUUUUUAAAGGGCGAGAGUUUGCUUCUCGCAGCGGCGGGGAGGAGGAAAAGCCAGAGAGAAGCCAGUGAUGGCAAACGAGCCGAUCAUCCUAAACGUCUACGAUAUGUAUUGGAUCAAUGAGUUCACCAGCUCUCUUGGCAUCGGAGUCUUUCACUCAGGGAUCGAGAUCUAUGGAAGAGAGUUUGCCUAUGGUGGGCACCCGUACCCAUUCUCAGGGAUAUUUGAGAUUACACCAGGUGACUCCACAGAACUUGGUGAGACCUUUAAGUUCAAAGAAGCCAUCGUCCUGGGCAGCACAGAUUUCACAGAAGACGAUGUGGAGCGGAUAGUGGAGGAGAUGGGGAAGGAGUACAAAGGAAACGCAUACCACCUCAUGCACAAGAACUGCAACCACUUCUCCUCCGCUCUGUCUGAGAUCCUGUGUGGCAGGGAGAUCCCUCGUUGGGUGAACCGCCUGGCCUACUUCAGCUCCUGUGUGCCAUUCCUCCAGAGCUGCCUGCCCAGAGAGUGGCUGACCCCAGCUGCCUUACAGUCCAGCGUCAGUCAGGAGCUCCACGGAGGUGGCGAGCUGGAGGAGGCUGAGGACGCCGCCGCCACUGCCUCACUGGCCUCCAUGACGCCCUGCAUACCUUCCUCCUCCAGCCCCUCCUCACUGCCUCGCCAGUCCCAGUACCAGCCCCGCCGGUAGAUGCUGAGCGAUUUGCUGGAGGGCCUGUCAGAUCACGGGAUCUGUGCCUGAGCUGACCGACGAGACCAGCGACAGCUAGAUGUCCUCGAGCAAAGCACUGUACCACAACAUGUUCUGCUUUAGGAAUGUCAGCCAAAUGUUUAAAAUGAUACAAAGAAGGAGAUGGAAAAAAGUCUGUCUGCUCGUAAAAGUGGGAAACUGUCAUUUUGUCCGAGCUACUUUUGUUUUACCGGCCAAAUGGAUUUGCAAAUGUAAACCACGCUGGUUAUUUUUUUGUUUUGUUUUUUCACUAAAAUGUCUGCUAAUAUUUGUGCGCCACCCACAAAUAUUUGUUGGUGUGUGGUUUCAGUCCCAUGUUGCAAGAAGAGAAAGAGCUUUGGAGCAGCAAGACUCUGGAACCAGGAUCCCGUCCAGAGAAGGUGAAUGUUUGAGGCUUGGCUGAAAAGUGGAAAUCAGGUCAACCUUUGCUCAAUGACGACUGAAGUUUCUAGUUGUUCAUGUUGUUGAAACUUUACGUCUAACCAGCACUUAACCCUGAACAGUUUACACAAGUACACUGACUGCAGAUCCACGCCACGUGGCUGCAUCAUCAGCUGACACCCAAAGGCUGACAAAUCCAAAUGUCCAGUGGAUGUGUGAAGCGUCGCGUAGCGUGUCUGUCGUGGCUGGUGGGGCUGGUUGUUGGCAGCUAAUCUAUCUGAUGUGCAAGUGUUUGCAGGAUGUUUGCUAACAUUCCUUAAUAAAGACGGGAGAGAGUGAGAACUCCGGAAUGCCACAUUCAGGCGAAAUUUUUCAAACUCACUGGUGCUCAGCCAGAAAGUGGUUUUCAUGUCGGACUCGAGAAACUUGUGGCUUUGAACUGUAGAAACUGUCACUCCACUGGAGGGAGCACAUGCAAGUUUUUUUUUUUUGUUUUUUUUUUUUUUGUGUGUGAGCUGUGUUGAAAUUUGCUAUUUUUUUCCCUGAAUUCUGUUAUUGUUCAUGAUGAAUUUUUACAGCAGCCUACAAAAUAACAUACUAAUAAAA